CCAGUAUGUCACUUCGUGUUCCUACACUUAACUCUAAAAACAUGAAAAUUAUUGAAACCGUUAUAGCAACAUGGUUUAACCGAACGGUGUAUUACUUAUAUCGUUCUAACCAAGGUACGAAGGUGGUCUCGAUAUUUCGAAAAAAAUAACCAAAAAAUAAUGAAUAAACGGGUCUUGUUAUUUUUUGUACUGACUUGGUUUUAUAGUGAAACAUGUGGUUCCAAGUUGCUGUCGAGAAGAAAACGAUAUGUCGCAUUUCCUGAAGGUUCCAGUUUUUCCUGUGCUGGCUGCAUGACAGUCGGUGUGAUUGGUCAGCCCGCCCCAGCCACUGUUCCUGGUACCUUCACCUGGGGUAUGAACUGGGGCAUAGCAUACGAACUGCCCAACGCCACAGAAACUAGCAAGUUCUAUAGAAGAUAUAAUCGGCUGACCAAACCUGUGGCACAGAGGAGAAGUCGACGAGAGCUGUAUCAGAAGUUGGAGAAGAUUAUGGAAAAUAUGGGUUACAACGGAAGACAGUGCAUCCUCAAGACCUUGUGUGAGACCACUCAGAGGCUCGUCCCUCAUGGAGAGAACAUGGUCGAGGAGAUGUUCAGGACUUUGUUCACCUUACCGAUGACAAAGUUUCUAGCAUCAGAACCGAUGGAACAAGCAGCUUAUGACGCUGCUCACAGAUUGGGCAGCAUUCUCUCCAGUUGUGAUAACUUCUCCUGCCCAAUAUCCUUGGUAGACCUGGUUAAAGGAUACUACAAUGCUCCGGCACCCAAAGUAGAUACCGCUCUAAACCCAUGGGCCUUGUUUAGCAGCCAAUUUGGAUAGAAUAAAAUUGAUUUGGAACUUUU